GAUGGAGCCGCAAAACCAAGCGCGCGCCCUGCAGCGAGAGUAGGGGAGGGGAUGGAGCGCGCGCACGCUGCAGCGUGAGGCGGGAAAAGAGGUGGCGGUCCGGAAGGGGGAGUUGUAUCGCGCGCUCACGCGCACGGAGGUGUGCGUGAGUUGGACUUGUGCCGACGGAAGGCACGCGGGCGGCCGGCGGCGCGGGGAGCGAGCUGGGUUCGGUGCUGGGAGCCGCCGCAGUCGCAGGGGAGCGCGCGGGAGUGACGCGCGCCCUGAGAGCCGCCCGGCGGCGCGGGGAGGAGCGGGGCGGGGCCCGGAGAGUGAGUGACACCCAGAGGCGGGCGCCGGCUGAGCCGGGCCGGAGCUGGGGACGCAACUUCCACGGGACUGAGGAGCCGCCGCAGCCAGGAGACGCGACUGAGCGAGCCCGCGGGGUCCCGCGGCUGCCGCCCCCACCUCUGCAGGGAAGACCGGGCGGAGGAGGCGCCGGGGCCGCUGCGGAGCGAGUCCGGAGCGGCUGAAGUUUAGACCUGUCGCGGGGCGGGGACGCGGAGCCGCAUCCAUUCCCCGGGCCAGGGAGCAUGAAAGUUCCGCUCCGGCCCCGCCGCUGCUUCCGGCUGCGUUUGGCGACCAGGCGCCACUACCCACUGCGCUGAGAAGCGGCGGCGGCGGCGGCGGGUCCGUGCCGGGCCUGCGGGCUGGGGAGAGACACGCCAGCAGCUCCGCCGCCGGCCUCUGGGGAUCCCCUCAGAAAGUGCCUGUGGCGCUGACGCCCCCGGUUGGAAGUUCGCGAGAAACGAAACUUGAGGGAAAUCGUGAAAAACACUGAAAACUGGAAUAAAAAAAAGCUCCCCCAAAUCAGAGGAUCCUGCGAACACCCCUUCCCCGACUACGUCACCCGCAGCCUCACAAGGGAAUCACUGGAGAUUUAAAUUUUAAUGCAUUUGAAAGAAUUUUUGUUAGUGUGUUUCUUGGUUAAAGGCCUUGUAUUUCUCCUUGCGGAGUUUGUUUGGAGAGAAGAACAGAGGGGAAAAACACCUCCUUUCUGCUGGGCAGGGCUUGGAGGUGAAACGUUGGUGGCUACUUCUCCAGCUGGGCACUUCUCCCCACGCUACCCGUCACUUUGUAUGUGUGUGUUUUGUUUUUGGUAUUGAAGCAGUUUGAUUCUUUGCCUAAUAAACUUUUUCGUUCAAAUCCACGAUGGAGCCUGGCAAUAUGGACUAUUUCUAUGAUCAGGUGCAGCAGAAAGAUGUGAGUCGCAGGAUGCAAAUCGGCCAAGAAUUGCUGGAGUAUCUGGCUGACUCAAGUAGAUCCACUGACCUCGAGCAGGAUCAGCAGCGCCUCGAUAAAGUGAUUGACGAAUUAACAGGAUGGGUUAACUCUAGUAAUUUUAAGGUGGCGUUAGUUGGAUUAGAUGUCCUAGGUGCCUUUGUUGACAGACUAUCAGGACACUUUAAAUCCUAUGUACCAACUGUUCUUCUAGCAUUGAUUGAUCGAAUGGGAGAUGCCAAAGACCAAGUUCGAGAGCAAGCCCAGACUCUUAUAUUGAAAUUAAUGGACCAGGUAGCACCACCAAUGUGUAUUUGGGACCGUCUUGCUGUUGGUUUUAAACACAAGAACUACCGAUCCCGAGAAGGAGUGUGUUUGUGUCUCGUUGCAACCUUAAAUAUUUAUGGUGCACAACCAUUAAUCCUCAGCAAGUUGGUACCACACUUAUGUAUCUUGUCUGGAGACUCCAAUAGUCAGGUGAGAGAUGCUGCAUUAUUGGCAAUUGUGGAGAUUUAUAGACAUGUAGGAGAGAAAGUAAGAGCUGACCUUAAUAAAAGGGGAAUUCCCUCUGCAAGGUUACAAACAAUAUUUGCAAAAUUUGAUGAAGUGAGAGACUCUGGAAAUACGAUUUUAAGUAACAUCAGUGAUAAAAGCUUUGAUGAUGAGGAGUCAGUGGAUGGAAAUAGGCCAUCGUCAGCUGCCUCAGCUUUCAAGGUUCCUGCACCUAAAAAACUUGGGAAUCCUUCAAACAGUGCAAGAAAACCAGGUUCAGCUGGUGGGCCUAAGGUUGGAGGUGCAUCUAAAGAGGGAGGAGCUGGAGCUGUCGAUGAGGAUGAUUUUAUUAAGGCAUUUACAGAUGUUCCUUCUGUACAGAUCUAUUCUAGUCGAGAGCUUGAAGAAACAUUAAACAAAAUCAGGGAAAUUCUCUCAGAUGAUAAACAUGACUGGGAUCAGCGAGCCAGUGCGCUCAAGAAGGUUCGAUCGCUGCUUGUUGCUGGAGCUGCACAGUAUGACUGCUUUUUCCAGCAUCUACGGUUGUUGGAUGGAGCUUUUAAAUUAUCAGCUAAGGAUCUCAGAUCCCAGGUGGUUAGAGAAGCAUGCAUUACUGUAGCUCAUCUUUCAACAGUUUUGGGAAACAAGUUUGACCAUGGGGCUGAAGCCAUUGUGCCUACUCUUUUUAAUCUGGUCCCUAACAGCGCCAAAGUCAUGGCAACUUCUGGCUGUGCUGCAAUCAGAUUUGUCAUUCGUCAUACCCAUGUGCCCAGACUAAUACCUUUAAUAACAAGCAACUGUACUUCAAAAUCAGUUGCUGUCAGGAGACGCUCCUUUGAAUUUUUAGACCUGUUACUGCAGGAGUGGCAGACUCAUUCACUGGAAAGGCAUGCAACUGUCUUGGUUGAAACCAUCAAGAAGGGCAUUCAUGAUGCUGAUGCUGAGGCAAGAGUGGAGGCAAGAAAGACUUACCUGGGUCUUAGAAGUCACUUUCCUGGAGAAGCAGAGGUCCUGUACAAUAACCUUGAGCCAUCCUAUCAAAAAAGUCUCCAGACUUACUUGAAGAAUUCUGGCAGUAUAGCAUCUCUCCCUCAGUCAGACAGGUCAUCUUCAAGUUCACAGGAGAGUCUCAAUCGUCCUUUAUCUUCUAAAUGGUCCACAGCCAGCCCAGCAAGUAUAGCUGGCAGAGUUUCAGGAAGUAGCAGCAAGACUGCUCCAAGUCCAGGAACACUGCAGAGGUCCCGCAGUGACAUUGAUGUUAAUGCUGCUGCAGGUGCAAAGGCACGGCAUGCUGCUGGACAGUCAACAGGAGCUGGGCGCUUGUCUGCUGCUGGUCUACCUCCUGGAUCCUAUGCUUCACUAGAGGAUACUUCUGACAAGAUGGAUGGAACAGCUUCUGAAGAUGGUCGUAUACGAACAAAGCUUUCAACACCGUCUGUUGGAAUUGGAAAUUCAAAGACAGAUUCUAGAGGACGUAGUCGAACGAAAGUGGUCUCUCAAUCUCAGCGUUCAUCAUCGCCAGACAAAAAUGAAGCUGGUAGUCGAUCUGGAUCUCCUGGAAGAGUUUUGACUACAACUGCACUUUCAACUAUGAACACAGGGGUUCAGAGAGUGUUAGUCAAUCCAGCAACAGCACAAAAACGGAGCAAGAUCCCACGAAGCCAAGGAUGCAGUAGAGAAGCAAGUCCUUCUAGAUUGUCAGUAGCACGAGGCAGCCGCAUUCCUCGACCUAGUGUGAGUCAGGGGUGCAGUCGGGAGGCCAGCCGUGAAAGUAGCAGGGACACAAGCCCUGUCCGCUCUUUUCCACCCCUUGGUACAGGGUUUGGGAUCAGUCAGUCAAGUAGAUUGUCAUCAUCGGUUAGUGCUAUGAGAGUUCUGAACACAGGUUCUGAUGUAGAAGAAGCAGUAGCAGAUGCGUUGCUCUUAGGAGACAUACGGACUAAGAAAAAGCCUGUACGAAGGAGGUACGAGUCGUAUGGAAUGUACUCUGAUGAUGAUGCCAACAGUGAUGCAUCUAGUGCCUGUUCAGAAAGAUCAUACAGCUCUCGCAAUGGCAGCAUACCUACAUAUAUGCGGCAGACAGAAGAUGUGGCAGAGGUCCUCAAUCGCUGUGCUAGCUCCAACUGGUCAGAAAGAAAAGAAGGUCUUCUAGGUCUACAGAAUUUAUUAAAAAAUCAGAGGACUUUAAGUCGCGUUGAAUUGAAAAGAUUGUGUGAAAUCUUCACAAGGAUGUUUGCUGACCCUCAUAGCAAGAGAGUGUUCAGCAUGUUUUUGGAGACCUUGGUUGACUUCAUCCAGGUCCAUAAAGAAGAUCUACAGGAUUGGUUGUUUGUGUUGUUGACGCAGCUGUUGAAGAAAAUGGGUGCUGAUUUGCUUGGGUCUGUACAAGCAAAAGUUCAGAAGGCACUUGAUGUCACAAGGGAAUCUUUUCCAAAUGAUCUCCAAUUCAGUAUUUUAAUGAGAUUCACUGUUGACCAGACUCAGACACCCAGCUUGAAGACAGUCAAGCCAGCGCUGCAGGACCAGCUUCGCUCUUUUUGGAGCUCCAAGGUUAAAGUUGCAAUUCUUAAAUACAUAGAGACUCUUGCACAGCAGAUGGACCCAGGGGAUUUCGUAAAUUCAAGUGAAACUAGGCUGGCAGUAUCUCGGAUCAUCACCUGGACAACAGAACCAAAAAGUUCAGAUGUUAGGAAGGCUGCACAGUCAGUGCUGAUUGCCCUGUUUGAACUAAAUACCCCAGAGUUCACAAUGUUACUGGGUGCUUUACCAAAAACAUUUCAGGAUGGAGCAACAAAGCUUCUCCACAACCAUCUCCGGAAUACGGGCAAUGGUGGUCAGGGGUCAAUGGGAAGUCCUUUAACAAGACCUACGCCACGUUCACCAGCCAGUUGGUCCAGUCCUCUCACUUCCCCGACCAAUACAUCACAGAACACUUUGUCACCAAGUGCAUUCGAUUAUGACACAGAAAACAUGAAUUCUGAAGAUAUUUAUAGUUCUCUUCGUGGCGUCACUGAAGCCAUUCAGAACUUCAGUUUCCGUAGUCAGGAAGAUAUGAAUGAGCCUGUGAAACGGGAUUCCAAAAAGGACGAUGGUGAUUCAAUUUGCAGUGGCUCUGGAAUAGCGGAUCUGAGAGCAGGAGGUGGAGCAAUUGAUACAGGCCGAACAGCUCUUGAUAACAAAACAUCAUUACUUAACACAAUGCCUCCCCACUCUUCUCCACGUUCACGAGAUUAUAACCCGUACAAUUACUCAGAUAGUAUCAGUUCUUUUAACAAAUCUGCUUUGAAGGAAGCUAUGUUUGAUGAUGAUGCAGAGCAAUUUCCUGAUGAGCCCCCCAUGGACCAUUCUGAUCUGGUUGCAGAGUUGCUGAAGGAAUUGUCAAACCAUAAUGAGAGAGUUGAAGAAAGAAAGGCUGCUUUGUAUGAGCUUAUGAAAUUGACUCAAGAAGAGUCCUUUGGUGUUUGGGAUGAGCACUUCAAAACGAUACUACUUCUGUUACUUGAAACUCUUGGGGACAAAGAGCAUGCAAUCAGAGCUUUGGCAUUGAAAGUUUUAAGAGAAAUUCUAAGGAACCAACCAGCAAGAUUUAAAAAUUAUGCAGAGCUUACUAUUAUGAAGACACUAGAAGCUCAUAAGGAUCCUCAUAAGGAGGUGGUGAGAUCUGCUGAAGAAGCUGCUUCAAUGCUCGCCACUUCCAUUAGCCCAGAUCAGUGCAUCAAAGUACUUUGUCCCAUUAUCCAAACUGCAGAUUACCCCAUUAAUCUGGCUGCAAUCAAAAUGCAGACAAAAGUGAUAGAGAGAGUAUCUAAAGAAACGCUUGCUCAGCUUUUACCAGAGAUUGUGCCAGGUCUAAUACAGGGUUAUGAUAAUUCAGAGAGCAGUGUUCGUAAGGCUUGUGUUUUCUGCCUUGUAGCCAUUCAUGCAGUAAUUGGCGAUGAACUAAAACCACAUCUCAGUCAACUCACAGGCAGCAAAAUGAAAUUAUUGAACCUUUACAUCAAACGUGCACAAACAGGUUCUGGAGCAGGUGACACAGCAGCAGAUGUUUCUGGACAAAGUUAAUGAAACUGACCACAGUGAACCAGGUCUUCUAAAGAAAGGACAGGCACUCUGAUAUCAGUGAAAGGAAAAUUCUCACACACACCUUUGGAACUCUUUUUUUUUUUUUCCCCAGUUUGUCUUUUGUUUUCUUUUUUUGUUAUUUUUUUUUAAACUGAUGGCUACCCCUCAGCCUGCAUGUGACUGUUGCAGUAGAAUUAUUCCAAAUCCAAGGAGAAAACAGUAUUAAUAUCAGCUGGUCAAAACACAAUAAAUUUUAAAAAUCUAAUCCAUCACUUUUCCUGUUCGCACUCCUCUGUGUGUCUUCCCAUUAACUUUUACCAGUGUUAUGACUGUAUUUAAAAAGAAUUUUUAAAAAUGCUAAUUAAACAGGAAUGCUUUAAGCUUUAAAAGUUAAAA